CGAUUUCAAACGAAGUAAUAAAACAACGGGACAUGUAAAUAAUUAUAAACAUUUUUGGUAAAGUUUUGUACAUGUUAAGUUCACCUUAAUCUGAAAAUCAAAAAAAAAAAUUGCGUAUUUUGCUGAUAAAAUUGGUGUAUUAUAAUGUUUAUAUAUGUAAAUAGUUUGUAAAUAGGAGAAUUUUAUUAUGAGUAAGAUUUAUGUUACGAAAAAGCCCUAUUUUGUAAUGACCUUCGGAGCAUGCAUGUUACAAGUUUAAAGAAUUAAAAUGUUUGAAUGAAGAAUUACAAUUUAAUAAAAAUAAACAAAUAUUGAAAUCAGAAUGAAUAAUCGGCCAACUACAAAUUCUAUCCGACGUGAUAGAUCUUUUGACAGUGUCCUCAACAAAAUAUUACGUAUGAAAUCGGAUAAUAAUGAAUCUUUUAAAGCUGCUCUAUACAAUUUUUUAAUCGCAUUGGGUAUAAGUGCUUUCGUAGUAGUUUGCUUUAUUUUAGGUCCAUUUGUAAGACCUUUAAUAUGGGCAUUUUUAAUAGGUGCCUUUCUUUUUCCUUUCAAAAGAAAACUGGCAUCGCUAUUACAUGAAUGGUUUGAAGGUUUGGAAGAAAAUGAUACAAAUAUUUUCGUAGCUAUUUCAUUUGCUCCUAUUCAAACUAUGGAAUAUUCGGGGCGAUUAUUAGUUAAUUGGUUAAAAAAACAUUGGCAAAUUUUAACAGCAGGUUUAUUAUUUGUAAUGUUUACAAAAAUAUUUUUUUUGUAUGCUCCUAUGAAUCUCUUUUGUUGGAUAUGGAGAAUGAUAAUUUACAGUCAUUCGAUUUUCUCAGGUUUAAUUAACUUUUUAUCAAUUUACCAAGUCAUAUUGUUAGUUUCCUUGUAUGUUUCCACUGUAAUAUUUUUCUGGUCAUCAAAAAACGCAACAUAUUUUAGCAUUAUAGGGCAAUUAAUUUGGAUUAUACUUAUUGGUUAUAUUUGUAGUUUUUUGGGUGCUUUACAAGUUCCCGUUUUUCUAUUUCUAAUGUUAUAUUGUGCAAUUUCCAUAAUCUACUACAUACAAAAACCAGAAUCCCAAGAUUCUGAAAAACCAUACGUCCAAACUACUGGCGGCAUGAGACAACGGUUUAUGACGCUAUUAGAUAAAAAUAUAUUUAAAUACUCCAUAGAAAAAGUAUAUUUAACCCCAAGUGAACCAACUACUGAAGAAAAUUCAUUGAGUGAAAGUUUAUUAACAAGUACUGAAGAGGAUAAAACAGAACAUAUAAGUGAUUAUUAUUUUAAAUAUCUUUUUUAUGCGUGUUUAUUUACAUUCAUGUACCGCAAUAUUUGGAUGUAUUUGUUGGUGGUUAUUCCAAUAGCUGUGCAUUUAUUUUACCACAUCGGAGCAGCAUCUGGACUUUGGGAUUUUUGCAGAAUAAACAUAGAAUUUUUGUGGAAAAGUGUAAAGGAGUGGAGUCUUGAGCAUCAUAGUGCGGUGUUACCACUUUGUUUACCCGGUUUGUUAGAAUUGAAUUAUAAGAUACAAACAUUAAUUAGAAGUUACUUGAGAUCAUCCGUCGAUUUAGUGACAUCAAUUAUUAUGAUAGUUUUAAUGAUACUAUUAUUAAUUUUUGUUAGCGUUUUCUUUUGUAUUAACAUAUAUUCUGAAACAAUCGAAGUGGCAUAUUUGGGAAAAGAUUUAAUCAAUAAAACUAUAACCAAUAGACCAGAUUUAAUAGAUGUUUUGCCAGAAAAUAUUCAAGACUCUAUUGAUGAUGCUCUAGAUAAUGCACAUACAUAUGGCAGGCGGAGGAUUGAACAAUACAUAAACGAUUUGUUAAAAGACGCAGAUGCGGUACAUGCCGAAAAAUUGAAAAAUCAAAUUUUAAGUGUUUGGGAUCGAUUAAUUCAAUAUUGGUUUGAUUUUAAUAAAACUGAAACUUUCGGUCCAAGAGUACCUAGCGACGCUUUAAAAAUUACGUUUGAAGAAAUAGUAGAUAAUCCAGGCUAUUUUAAAGAGCUAGUUUCAGUGGCUAAACAGGGUAUUCUUGGAUGGGCGAAAAGCAAUACAAAUACAAUACUGGAAGUAGCCGAAUCCAUUUGGCAUAUUGUUCGAACAAAUAUUUCCAUGAUAAUGGCUGUGACUGGUGGAAUAUUUUCAAUCUUACUUUCGGGAGGACAAGCUUUUGUUGAAUUUCUUUUAGAUAUGAUUGUAUUUUUCACUGCAUUGUUUUAUUUAUUAAGCACAAGUGGUAAAAAAUACGCACCUUUACAAAUAGGAAAUUAUUUUGGUAUAUCAUCGGGAUCUAAAAUAGCAGACGCAUUAGAGAAUUCCAUAUCUGGUGUACUUAUAGCACUAUUAAAAUGCUCGGUAUUUCAAGGAAUGUUCACUUGGCUUAUACAUACCAUAUUUGGUGCAAGAAUAGUGUUUUUGCCAUCUGCUUUAGCUGCUAUUUUAUCAGCAGCUCCGUUCUUGGGAAGUUAUUGGUGUGGUUUACCAGCAUUUUUGGAACUUUGGUUAGCUCAAGAUAGAUUUUAUGCAGGAGUUUUAUUAAUGGCAUUAUUGUUUUUCGUUCCGCCAUACCUAGAACAAGAAGUCCAUUCUGAAAUAAAGGGGGGAGGACAUCCAUAUUUAACGGGUUUGGCAAUUGCUGGUGGAAUGUAUUGGAUGGGAUGGCAAGGAGCAAUAUUUGGACCCUUAAUGCUAUGCUUAUUCAUUGGAAUAUUUGAAGUUACAUCAGUUACCCUAAGACUCGAAGAAGAUAAAUCAUUAUCUGAAGAAGAGAGUAAAGUAAAAUUGUCAGCAAAAAUUGUUACAAAUGCGGAAGAUGGUGAUUAUGUUGAGAAGAAAGAAAAUGAAGAAAUUGACCCAAAAGCACCAAUUCGUGUUAUGUUAGUAAGAAAAACAGUUUCUACUGUUUUACCAAAUAAUCCAAUUCCGUGGAGUGCAGUUUCUGGUCAUCUUGAAUCAGUUGCAGAGACUCCAAAUAAAAGUGUUUAAAAAUAUUUAUUAUAUAAAUAAUUUUUUUGAUCGAUUAAUUCAUAGUUAACUGCCUAUUUCUCAGCAAUAUUAUUUUAAUCUGAGAAAUCAUUCAUUUGAAUAAAUGAAUUAUCAAUUUUAAGUUAAUGAUCGAGGAAAAUUAUUUUGGAAGUGUGACUUAUAUGUUCGAUAAACAAUGCAAUUUUACGUUGGCCUAAUUUGAAUAUAAAUUUAUAUUUUAAAAAUAAUAUUGUUUUUAGUUUUUUAAAUAUCAUAUUUUAUAUUUUUGUACACAUAUAUGCAUACAUAAAUACAUACAUA